AUGCGCCCCGCCCCGACCCUGCUCGCCCUCACCCUCGACGCCGCGCUCCUCCGCAUCGCCACCCUCCCCGACCUCUCCCGCCUCCCCGACCACAUCCUCGUCGACCUCUUCCGCAGAACCCUUAGUGCUGGUAAGCUGACAGAGAGAGUCCUCAAAUUGUUUCUGGCAACCGACUGCGAGGAGAUCAUCUUGCUUGUUCAGCUCCUCAACAUUAAGCAGCCACUUCUACCGGUCCUUCCCACGACACUCCAGCCCAACCUGACCUCUUUCUUUCAGGCAUGGCAGCCAUUUUUCUCCCGGUUUGACAUCAUUGUUGUCAAAGACCCAGAGUUGACAGCAGAUCUUCAGAUCCCUUCAGGUUUUAAUGUGAAGGUUUACACAAAGUCUGACAUUGAUGGACUGCUUGGUGCCACAUCCAUCAACUUCUCUGGCCACUCAUGCCGUUACUUUGGAUACCUUGUUUCACGCAAGAAGUAUGUCAUCUCGAUUGAUGACAACUGCCUCCCAGCAAAGGACCCUGCCGGGAUGACUGUUGAUGCUGUUACACAGCACAUGAUCAAUUUGAAGACACCAGCUACUCCUUUCUUCUUCAACACACUGUAUGACCCAUACCGCAAGGGUGCUGACUUUGUCCGUGGAUACCCAUUCAGCUUGCGUGAGGGGGUUGAAUGCAUGCUCUCAUGUGGGCUCUGGCUGCACAAUGCGGACUACGACCCAAUGACGCAUGUGGUGAAGCGGAACCAGCGCAACACGAACUAUGUGGAUGCUGUGAUGACAGUUCCGCUCGGUGCGAUGUUCCCUGUCAGCGGGAUAAAUGUUGCAUUCAACCGUGAGGUUCUGGGGCCUGUGAUGUUCCCUGGCCUGCGGAUCCGCAAGGAAGGGAAGCACAGAUGGGACACCCUUGAAGACAUAUGGAAUGGCCUGUGUGCUAAGGUGGUCUGCGACAGCUUGGGCUACGGCGUGAAGACUGGACUGCCUUACGUGAUGAGAAGUGAUGCAGAGGCAGGCAAGGCCUUGGAGAGCCUCAAAGAGUGGGAAGGGGUGAAAGUGAUGGACGAUGUCCUUCCCUUCUUCGAGUCGCUCAAGCUCUCGAGGACCGCAGUUACUGUCGAUGACUGCAUUAAGGAGCUAGCUGGCGUUGUGAGGCAGAAGCUGGCGCCAAAGAAUGCAAUCUUCGCCAAAGCUGCCGAUGCCAUGGAGGAAUGGACCAAGCUCUGGAAAUCUCAUGGAGCUCAGAACGCCUGA